AUAAAUGAUUCAUUAAAAAAUGGAAAUAAAUUAAUUACAGCAAUCGUUGGAUCAUCAAUCGCUCGUAACAUAUCGGUCAAAAAUAUAGAGACUGAAACAGAUGAAGUACGUCUUCGUUUUAAAUCAGGAAGCGAUUGUGCUGAUGCUUUAGCAUGGUUAAUGACAAAUGAAGGUCAAACAUUCAUGCACAAUGUCAAUCAGCUCAUAUUUAUUAUUGGCACUAAUGACAUUCAUCGAGUGGGAGCUGACGAAACUGUUCGACGUAUUUCACAAACUGUUGAAUCAGUUCGUUAUUUAUAUCCAGGUGUAAAUAUAAUCCCAGGUCCAAGAAAACGGCACCGUUAA